AUGAAAGCCAACAAGACUCAAAAACUUCCCAAAACUACAACAUCUCCUUUGGAUUACCAAUAUGAAAUUUUCGAAUAUGACGACAAAACAGUUUUAGAAAAAGUAAGAAUCUCCAGUGUCGUUGAUGAUUUCAUGGCAUUCCUUGGCUUUUUCAUUUGCAUAUUUCAUUUUCUUGUGUUGACACAAAAACCGCUUCGUUACGAUUUCAUCUAUUUCUCAAUUCUGAUCAUCUGUAUUUGCGACUUCUUCUGUUUUUCUGGGACCAUUAUCUCGAGUUUCAUAGAAUUCUUGGCCAAAACUGACUGCUUCACAUUAUACACCAAAACUCAAUUAAAAAUCCAAGUUGUAACUAUUAUCGCUCGCUCGGUGGCCAGAAAUGUGUCAUCAGUUAUCAUCAUUCUCGUAUCAAUGCUCAAAAUCUUUUCAUCAAAAUUCAAAAUUAAAUUUACAAUUUUAAUAAAUCUCACUGUUCUGGCGAUUUUCAUUGUCUAUCAUAGUUGGUCAAACUGGUCUUAUAAGCUCGAAAAUUUUCAGAUGUCUGGUUGUUCACUUUUGAUACCUUGUACAGGAACCGAGAUAAAUUGUCUUAACGUUGGGGGUAAUUCUACUCGAGUGCGCUUUUUCAGAUGUGAAUCAGAUCCCGAUACUUCAUUUGAUUCCAAUGAAUUAUUCAUGAAGCCCAAACUAUUAAAAAAUCAAAAUUUCUACAAUAACUGUAUAACUAUUGUGCUAACUUUUCUAUUUUUUAUAACUUUCAUAGUUUUAUUCAUCAAACUGCGAGUUGUAGUCCGGACAAAAAAUGGAGAAGACGACUCUUAUAUCUUAUUACUUUUACUCUCACUAAGUUUUCUAAUAUCUGAAUCAUUGGAUGCUUUGGUCAUUUUAUUCGACAAAUUCGCCUUAAAACCUUAUUACAACAUUCAAGCAUACUACAUACGAUUUCAAGUCAUCACUCGAACUAUUAUCACCAUCAAUACAGUAACCCACUGUUUUAUUUGUCUUCUGACGUCAUCGGAAUAUUUUAAUGCUGCUAAAAAAUUAUUGAAAUGGAACAAGAAGCCAAAAAUUCAACCACCAGAUGUUCCAUCAAUAUCGACCAUCAGAAACCCAAAAAUCGCUUACUAUUUUAUAUUUUUGAUUUUAUUUUUGUGCAGCUUGAUCCAUUUAUUAGAUCCGUUCAGAUUCAGAAUAUUUCAAAUCGAUGAGCAAGUCAAAUGCACGCAAUUCACAAUGCAUGAGUACUACUGGUUGGAAGAUUCCAAAUUUGUCACUGAUGACAAUUAUUUUAUGGGGAAAAUUCAAAAAAUUACAGAUGGACUUAUUUCUAGGAUCAUCCCUUUUAUCCUGUUCACAAUUGCCACCUAUUUUCUGAUUGUUGGAAUCAAAAAUGCUGAAAUACAGAGGCAAAAAAUGGCUUCGUCUUCCAAUCUAAAAAGUUCAAAAAACACUUCGAAACUAGUCUUGGCACUUACCAUUUCAUUUUUUGUCGCUGGAUUUCCCCUUGGGAUAGUUUGCAUUUUAAGUCCGUUUUCACCGACUACAAAAAAUCCAAAUGACCAGUUUGCGCUAUACUUCGUUCUGAGCAUUUUGGAGGACUUUUUCUCUGUGAUCCUCACAAUUUCCACUGCUACCCAUAUGAUUAUCUGUUGUUUGAUGUCUUCAAUGUACCGUGAUACCGUAUUAACAAUGAUUCGAUGUGGAUAUGUGCCAAAACCACUCAAUUCUAGUAUAUUUGAUAUCAGUGAGCAUGUUAAUAUCAGAGCUCAUCGACGGAUUUGUCAUUGUAUUUUCACUCGUCUGGUUGAGACCAUAUUACAUUUUGCAAGAGUUCUACGUUCACAUUCAGAGAGAUACAAGAAUAAUCAUCUCAAUUAA